CGUCUCUGUGAAAUGGUGUCAUUUCCAGGUUGAGUGAUUGAUUGUGCUGAUCUGUGUUCAGUGUCAGUUUAUCUGAGCAAGGAAAGGACUCUCUCUCUAAGAUGAGUCUCUCAGAGAAACACAGUGUAAGAUCAGACUCACAUGUGUCCAGCUCUGUGUCUCUGAAGAGUGAUCAUUCAAAAGGAGGAGUACCAGACUUCAGUGGGGAAAAACCAUCAUCCGAUAAAAGUGUGAGAUCAGACUCACAUGUGUCCAGCUCUGUGUCUCUGAAGAGUGACCAGUCAAAAGAUGAUCCACCAAACUUCAGUGGGGAAAAACCAUCAUCUAAUAAAAGGCUUCAAUAUGAGACAUUAGACUCAGACGUUCAGACUCACAAGAAACACGAGAGUUUCACAGACAAUCUCCAGUGGAUCUUCCAGGAUCUUGAGAGCAAAAUAAUCACAUUUCUGAAGAAAGAGCUGGAAAAGUUUAAGAAAAUAUUGCAAAAUGAGAACACAGAAUACUUUGUGAAGGACUUUAAUGAGAAUAGAUGCAGUAUCAAAGCAGCAGCUCUUGAUCUCACACUACAUUACCUGAGAGAGAUGAAGCAAGAUGAAGCUGCUGAUGCUCUAGAAGAUGAGCUGCUCGUCAUUCAUCAGCUCAAAUGUGGCCUAAAGAAGAAGUAUCAAUGUGUGUUUGAAGGAAUUGCGAAGCAAGGUGACUCCACACUUCUGAAUAACAUCUACACAGAUCUCUAUAUCACUCAGAGUGGCAGUGAACAGGUCAAUACUGAACAUGAGGUCAGACAGAUUGAAGUUGCUUCCAGGCGUCAUGAAUCUCAAGAGAUACAGGUUGAAUGCAGAAAUGUGUUUGAAGCUCCUGAACAAGAUGAGGAGAUCCGAACUGUACUGACAAAAGGAGUCGCUGGCAUCGGAAAAUCAGUCUCUGUGCAAAAGUUUGUUCUGGACUGGGCUGAAGGAAAAGAAAAUCAAGAUAUCAGCUUCAUAUUUCCUCUUCCAUUCAGAGAGAUGAACUUAAUGAAGAAAGAAAAACUAAGUUUGAUGGACCUUAUAACUCAAUUUUUCCCAGAGACAAAAGGACUGAACCUUACAAGAAGGAAUAAUUUCAAAGUCCUGUUCAUCCUUGAUGGAUUGGACGAAUGUCGCCUUCCUCUGAAGUUUGAUUGUAAUGAGACGUGGUGUGAUGUAUCGUCACCAGCCUCUCUGGAUGUUCUCCUAACAAACCUCAUGAAGGGAAAUCUGCUUCCUUCUGCUCUCAUCUGGAUCACCACCAGACCAGCAGCUGCCAGUAAGAUUCCUCCUGACUGUAUCGACCGGCUGACAGAGAUACGAGGAUUCAGUGACGCUCAAAAGGAAGAGUACUUCAAAAAAAGAUUCACGGAUCAGAAUCAGGCCAACACAAUCAUUGAUCAUGUUAAAAAAUCAAAGAGUCUCUUUAUCAUGUGCCACAUCCCAGUCUUCUGCUGGAUUUCAGCCACUGUUCUCCAGAACAUUCUGGAGGAGAAAAGAAAUAAUGAUGUGAAAAACAAUCAGGCUGAUGAGAUCUCUAAAACACCACAGGAUUCAAAUACUGAAGACACUCCCAAGACUCUGACACAAAUGUACACACACUUUCUCCGCUUUCAGAUCCAGCAGAGCCGCAGAAAGUAUGAUGGGGAAUACGCAGCUGAUGUUUCCUGGGAUAAAGACGCCAUCCUUUCACUGGGGAAACUGGCAUUUCAUCAGCUGGAAAUAAACAACGUGAUCUUCUAUGACACAGACCUGGAAGCCUGUGGUAUUGACGUCUAUAAGGCAUCAGUGUACUCAGGCAUGUGUACCCAGAUCUUUAAGGAGGAAACAGGGAUCAUUCUUGGUACCAUGUACUGCUUUGUUCACUUGAGCAUUCAAGAGUUUAUUGCAGCUCUUUAUGCACAUCUGUUUCUAGACAUCAACAAGAAAAGUGUGUUUGAUCACGAGUCUACAGGACAGGAGAACAAAAAUGAAACUAUGAUUGAUUUUCUGAAGACUGCAGUGGACAAGGCACUCGAGAGUGAUAAUGGACACCUGGACCUUUUCCUUCGCUUCCUCCUCGGUCUGUCACUCCAGUCCAAUCGACGACUCUUACGGGGUCUGUUGACACAGCAAGACGACAAUGACCAGAGCAACAAGGAAAUAGUUCAGUACAUCAAGCAGAAAUUAGAAGAUAAUCUGCCUGCAGAGAGAUCCAUCAAUCUGUUCUACUGUCUGAACGAACUGAACGACCAAACUCUGGUGAAGGAGAUCCAGACCCACCUUAGCAAAGGAAGUCUCUCAUCUGGUGACCUUUCACCUGCCCAGUGGUCUGCUUUGGUCUUUGUGUUGUUGACAUCAGAGGAAGAGCUGGAGGAGUUUGAGCUUCAGAAAUUCAAGGAAUUAGACGAGUGUCUUAUUAGAUUAUUGGCAGUCAUCAAAACCUCCAAAAGAGCUCUGUUAAAUGAUUGUAACUUAACAGACAAAAGCUGUUCAGCUCUGGCUGCAGUCCUUGGAUCAGAUAGCAAUCUGAAAGAGCUGAACAUGAACAAUAAUAAUCUGCAGGAUUCAGGAGUGAAGCUGCUCUGCACUGGACUGAUGAAUAUAAAGUGUAAAUUGGAGAUACUGAGACUCUCUAACUGCAGUGUAACAGAAGAAGGUUAUAAAGCUCUGGCUUCAGCUCUGAGAUCAAACCCUUCACACCUGAUAGAGCUGGAUCUCACAGGAAAUGAUCCUGGACAAUCAGGAGUGAAGGAGCUCGAUGAUUUACUACAGGAUCCAAACUGUCAACUGAAGACACUGAGGUUUUUGAGUCCUGCUGCAGAUGAAGCCUGUCAGUAUGUGAGUGGAAUUGUGGGUAAAAACCCGUUACUCCUGAGAGAGCUGAAUCUGAGUGAACAUGAACUAGGAGACACAGGAGUGAAUCAGAUCGCUGCUCUACUGCAGGAUAAACACUGUCGACUCAACACACUGACUCUGAAUAGAUGCAGUAUUACAGAGGAACAGUGUGUGAUCCUGACUUCAGCUCUGAAAUCAAACCCGUCACACCUGAGAGAGCUGAACCUGAGCGGGAAUAAUCUAGGAGACUCUGGAGUGAAAAACCUCAGUGAUCUACUGAUGAACCCACAAUUCAAGCUGGAGAAACUACAUCUGAAUAGAUGCAGUAUUACAGAGGAACAGUGUGUCAUCCUGACUUCAGCUCUGAAAUCAAACCCGUCACACCUGAGAGAGCUGGACCUGAGCGAGAAUAAUCUAGGAAACACAGGAGUGAAGCACCUAUGUGACGUACUGAAGGAUUCACACUGUAAACUGGAGAGAUUGAGUUUAAGCCUCUGUUAUAUGACAGAUGAAGGUUGUUCUGCUCUGACUUCAGCUCUGAAAUCAAACCCGUCACACCUGAGAGAGCUGAACCUGAGCUGGAAUAAUCUAGGAGACUCUGGAGUGAAAAACCUCAGUGAUCUACUGAUGAACCCACAAUUCAAGCUGGAGAAACUAGAUCUGAGUUACUGCAGUAUUACAGAGAAACAGUGUGUCAUCCUGACUUCAGCUCUGAAAUCAAACCCGUCACACCUGAGAGAGCUGAACCUGAGCGGGAAUAAACUAGGAAACACAGGAGUGAAAAACCUCAGUGAUCUACUGAUGAACCCACAAUUCAAGCUGGAGAAACUACAGUUAAGCUGCUGUUAUAUGACAGAUGAAGGUUGUUCUGCUCUGACUUCAGCUCUGAAAUCAAACCCGUCACACCUGAGAGAGCUGAACCUGAGCUGGAAUAAUCUAGGAGACUCUGGAGUGAAAAACCUCAGUGAUCUACUGAUGAACCCACAAUUCAAGCUGGAGAAACUAGAGUUAUCAUCACCACCACCAUCACCAAUGUUAUUGAAUCUGAAUAGAUGCAGGAUUACAGAGAAACAGUGUGUCAUCCUGACUUCAGCUCUGAAAUCAAACCCGUCACACCUGAGAGAGCUGAACCUGAGCGGGAAUAAACUAGGAGACUCUGGAGUGAAAAACCUCAGUGAUCUACUGAUGAACCCACAAUUCAAGCUGGAGAAACUAGAGUUAUCAUCAUCACCAAUGUUAUUGAAUCUGAGUUACUGCAGUAUUACAGAGAAACAGUGUGUCAUCCUGACUUCAGCUCUGAAAUCAAACCCGUCACACCUGAGAGAGCUGAACCUGAGCGGGAAUGAACUAGGAAACACAGGAGUGAAGCACUUAUGUGACGUACUGAAGGAUUCACACUGUAAACUGGAGAGAUUGAGACUCUCUAACUGCAGUGUAACAGAAGAAGGAUAUGAAGCUCUGGCUUCAGCGCUGAGAUCAAACCCUUCACACCUGAUAGAGCUGGAUCUCACAGGAAAUAUAACAGGAAACACAGGAGUGAAGCACUUAUGUGAUGUACUGAAGGAUUCAAACUGUAAACUGGAGAGAUUGAGACUCUCUAACUGCAGUGUAACAGAAGAAGGUUAUAAAGCUCUGGCUUCAGCUCUGAGAUCAAACCCUUCACACCUGAUAGAGCUGGAUCUCACAGGAAAUGAUCCUGGACAAUCAGGAGUGAAGGAGCUCGAUGAUUUACUACAGGAUCCAAACUGUCAACUGAAGACACUGAGGUUUUUGAGUCCUGCUGCAGAUGAAGCCUGUCAGUAUGUGAGUGGAAUUGUGGGUAAAAACCUGUUACUCCUGAGAGAGCUGAAUCUGAGUGAACAUGAACUAGGAGACACACGAGUGAAUCAGAUCGCUGCUCUACUGCAGGAUAAACACUGUCGACUCAACACACUGACUCUGAAUAGAUGCAGUAUUAUAGAGAAACAGUGUGUCAUCCUGACUUCAGCUCUGAAAUCAAACCCGUCACACCUGAGAGAGCUGAACCUGAGCUGGAAUAAUCUAGGAAACACAGGAGUGAAGCACCUAUGUGACGUACUGAAGGAUUCACACUGUAAACUGGAGAGAUUGAGACUCUCUAACUGCAGUGUAACAGAAGAAGGUUAUAAAGCUCUGGCUUCAGCUCUGAGAUCAAACCCUUCACACCUGAUAGAGCUGGAUCUCACAGGAAAUGAUCCUGGACAAUCAGGAGUGAAGGAGCUCGAUGAUUUACUACAGGAUCCAAACUGUCAACUGAAGACACUGAGGUUUUUGAGUCCUGCUGCAGAUGAAGCCUGUCAGUAUGUGAGUGGAAUUGUGGGUAAAAACCCGUUACUCCUGAGAGAGCUGAAUCUGAGUGAACAUGAACUAGGAGACACACGAGUGAAUCAGAUCGCUGCUCUACUGCAGGAUAAACACUGUCGACUCAACACACUGACUCUGAAUAGAUGCAGUAUUACAGAGGAACAGUGUGUCAUCCUGACUUCAGCUCUGAAAUCAAACCCGUCACACCUGAGAGAGCUGAACCUGAGCUGGAAUAAUCUAGGAAACACAGGAGUGAAGCACUUAUGUGACGUACUGAAGGAUUCACACUGUAAACUGGAGAGAUUGAGACUCUCUAACUGCAGUGUAACAGAAGAAGGUUAUAAAGCUCUGGCUUCAGCUCUGAGAUCAAACCCUUCACACCUGAUAGAGCUGGAUCUCACAGGAAAUGAUCCUGGACAAUCAGGAGUGAAGGAGCUCGAUGAUUUACUACAGGAUCCAAACUGUCAACUGAAGACACUGAGGUUUUUGAGUCCUGCUGCAGAUGAAGCCUGUCAGUAUGUGAAUGGAAUUGUGGGUAAAAACCCGUUACUCCUGAGAGAGCUGAAUCUGAGUGAACAUGAACUAGGAGACACACGAGUGAAUCAGAUCGCUGCUCUACUGCAGGAUAAACACUGUCGACUCAACACACUGACUCUGAAUAGAUGCAGUAUUACAGAGAAACAGUGUGUGAUCCUGACUUCAGCUCUGAAAUCAAACCCGUCACACCUGAGAGAGCUGAACCUGAGCUGGAAUAAUCUAGGAAACACAGGAGUGAAGCACUUACGUGACAUACUGAAGGAUUCACACUGUAAACUGGAGAGAUUGAGACUCUCUAACUGCAGUGUAACAGAAGAAGGUUAUAAAGCUCUGGCUUCAGCUCUGAGAUCAAACCCUUCACACCUGAUAGAGCUGGAUCUCACAGGAAAUGAUCCUGGACAAUCAGGAGUGAAGGAGCUCGAUGAUUUACUACAGGAUCCAAACUGUCAACUGAAGACACUGAGGUUUUUGAGUCCUGCUGCAGAUGAAGCCUGUCAGUAUGUGAAUGGAAUUGUGGGUAAAAACCUGUUACUCCUGAGAGAGCUGAAUCUGAGUGAACAUGAACUAGGAGACACAGGAGUGAAUCAGAUCGCUGCUCUACUGCAGGAUAAACACUGUCAACUCAACACACUGACUCUGAAUAGAUGCAGUAUUACAGAGAAACAGUGUGUCAUCCUGACUUCAGCUCUGAAAUCAAACCCGUCACACCUGAGAGAGCUGAACCUGAGCUGGAAUAAACUAGGAAACACAGGAGUGAAGCACCUAUGUGACGUACUGAAGGAUUCACACUGUAAACUGGAGAGAUUGAGUUUAAGCUUCUGUGAUAUGACAGAUGAAGGUUGUUCUGCUCUGACUUCAGCUCUGAAAUCAAACCCGUCACACCUGAGAGAGCUGAACCUGAGCUGGAAUAUAAUAGAAGACUCUGGAGUGAAAAACCUCAGUGAUCUACUGAUGAACCCACAAUCCAAGCUGGAGAAACUAGAUCUAUAUGAAUGCAGUAUUACAGAGAAACAGUGUGUCAUCCUGACUUCAGCUCUGAAAUCAAACCCGUCACACCUGAGAGAGCUGAACCUGAGCGUGAAUAAUCUAGGAGACUCUGGAGUGAAAAACCUCAGUGAUCUACUGAUGAACCCACAAUUCAAGCUGGAGAAACUAGAUCUGAGUGGAUGCAGGAUUACAGAGAAACAGUGUGUCAUCCUGACUUCAGCUCUGAAAUCAAACCCGUCACACCUGAGAGAGCUGAACCUGAGCUGGAAUAAACUAGGAAACACAGGAGUGAAGCACCUAUGUGACGUACUGAAGGAUUCACACUGUAAACUGGAGAGAUUGAGACUCUCUAACUGCAGUGUAACAGAAGAAGGUUAUGAAGCUCUGGCUUCAGCGCUGAGAUCAAACCCUUCACACCUGAUAGAGCUGGAUCUCACAGGAAAUAUAACAGGAAACACAGGAGUGAAGCACUUAUGUGAUGUACUGAAGGAUUCAAACUGUAAACUGGAGAGAUUGAGACUUUCUAACUGCAGUGUAACAGAAGAAGGUUAUAAAGCUCUGGCUUCAGCUCUGAGAUCAAACCCUUCACACCUGAUAGAGCUGGAUCUCACAGGAAAUGAUCCUGGACAAUCAGGAGUGAAGGAGCUCGAUGAUUUACUACAGGAUCCAAACUGUCAACUGAAGACACUGAGGUUUUUGAGUCCUGCUGCAGAUGAAGCCUGUCAGUAUGUGAGUGGAAUUGUGGGUAAAAACCCGUUACUCCUGAGAGAGCUGAAUCUGAGUGAACAUAAACUAGGAGACACACGAGUGAAUCAGAUCGCUGCUCUACUGCAGGAUAAACACUGUCGACUCAACACACUGACACUCUCUAACUGCAGUGUAACAGAAGAAGGUUAUAAAGCUCUGGCUUCAGCUCUGAGAUCAAACCCUUCACACCUGAUAGAGCUGGAUCUCACAGGAAAUGAUCCUGGACAAUCAGGAGUGAAGGAGCUCGAUGAUUUACUACAGGAUCCAAACUGUCAACUGAAGACACUGAGUCUGAAUAGAUGCAGGAUUACAGAGGAACAGUGUGUCAUCCUGACUUCAGCUCUGAAAUCAAACCCGUCACACCUGAGAGAGCUGAACCUGAGCGGGAAUAAUCUAGGAGACUCUGGAGUGAAGCACUUAUGUGACGUACUGAAGGAUUCACACUGUAAACUGGAGAGAUUGAGACUCUCUAACUGCAGUGUAACAGAAGAAGGUUGUAAAGCUCUGGCUUCAGCUCUGAGAUCAAACCCUUCACACCUGAUAGAGCUGGAUCUCACAGGAAAUGAUCCUGGACAAUCAGGAGUGAAGGAGCUCGAUGAUUUACUACAGGAUCCAAACUGUCAACUGAAGACACUGAGGUUUUUGAGUCCUGCUGCAGAUGAAGCCUGUCAGUAUGUGAGUGGAAUUGUGGGUAAAAACCCGUUACUCCUGAGAGAGCUGAAUCUGAGUGAACAUGAACUAGGAGACACACGAGUGAAUCAGAUCGCUGCUCUACUGCAGGAUAAACACUGUCGACUCAACACACUGACUCUGAAUAGAUGCAGGAUUACAGAGGAACAGUGUGUCAUCCUGACUUCAGCUCUGAAAUCAAACCCGUCACACCUGAGAGAGCUGAACCUGAGGGGGAAUAAUCUAGGAGACUCUGGAGUGAAAAACCUCAGUGAUCUACUGAUGAACCCACAAUUCAAGCUGGAGAAACUAGAUCUGAAUAGAUGCAGUAUUACAGAGAAACAGUGUGUCAUCCUGACUUCAGCUCUGAAAUCAAACCCGUCACACCUGAGAGAGCUGAACCUGAGCAGGAAUAAACUAGGAAACACAGGAGUGAAGCACCUAUGUGACGUACUGAAGGAUUCACACUGUAAACUGGAGAGAUUGAGGUUAAGUUCCUGUUAUAUGACAGAAGAAGGUUGUUCUGCUCUGACUUCAGCUCUGAAAUCAAACCCGUCACACCUGAGAGAGCUGAACCUGAGCGAUAAUGAACUAGGAAACAUAGGAGUGAAAAACCUCAGUGAUCUACUGAUGAACCCACAAUUCAAGCUGGAGAAACUAGAUCUGAAUAGAUGCAGGAUUACAGAGGAACAGUGUGUCAUCCUGACUUCAGCUCUGAAAUCAAACCCGUCACACCUGAGAGAGCUGAACCUGAGCGAGAAUAAUCUAGGAAACACAGGAGUGAAGCACUUAUGUGACGUACUGAAGGAUUCACACUGUAAACUGGAGAGAUUGAGACUCUCUAACUGCAGUGUAACAGAAGAAGGUUAUAAAGCUCUGGCUUCAGCUCUGAGAUCAAACCCUUCACACCUGAUAGAGCUGGAUCUCACAGGAAAUGAUCCUGGACAAUCAGGAGUGAAGGAGCUCGAUGAUUUACUACAGGAUCCAAACUGUCAACUGAAGACACUGAGGUUUUUGAGUCCUGCUGCAGAUGAAGCCUGUCAGUAUGUGAGUGGAAUUGUGGGUAAAAACCCGUUACUCCUGAGAGAGCUGAAUCUGAGUGAACAUGAACUGGGAGACACACGAGUGAAUCAGAUCGUUGCUCUACUGCAGGAUAAACACUGUCGACUCAACACACUGACUUUGAAUAGAUGCAGAAUUACAGAGGAACAGUGUGUCAUCCUGACUUCAGCUCUGAAAUCAAACCCGUCACACCUGAGAGAGCUGAACCUGAGCGGGAAUAAUCUAGGAAACACAGGAGUGAAGCACCUAUGUGACGUACUGAAGGAUUCACACUGUAAACUGGAGAGAUUGAGACUCUCUAACUGCAGUGUAACAGAAGAAGGUUAUAAAGCUCUGGCUUCAGCUCUGAGAUCAAACCCUUCACACCUGAUAGAGCUGGAUCUCACAGGAAAUGAUCCUGGACAAUCAGGAGUGAAGGAGCUCGAUGAUUUACUACAGGAUCCAAACUGUCAACUGAAGACACUGAGGUUUUUGAGUCCUGCUGCAGAUGAAGCCUGUCAGUAUGUGAGUGGAAUUGUGGGUAAAAACCCGUUACUCCUGAGAGAGCUGAAUCUGAGUGAACAUGAACUAGGAGACACACGAGUGAAUCAGAUCGCUGCUCUACUGCAGGAUAAACACUGUCGACUCAACACACUGACUCUGAAUAGAUGCAGUAUUACAGAGGAACAGUGUGUCAUCCUGACUUCAGCUCUGAAAUCAAACCCGUCACACCUGAGAGAGCUGAACCUGAGCGGGAAUGAACUAGGAAACACAGGAGUGAAAAACCUCAGUGAUCUACUGAUGAACCCACAAUUCAAGCUGGAGAAACUAGAUCUGAAUAGAUGCAGUAUUACAGAGAAACAGUGUGUCAUCCUGACUUCAGCUCUGAAAUCAAACCCGUCACACCUGAGAGAGCUGAACCUGAGCGGGAAUAAACUAGGAAACACAGGAGUGAAGCACCUAUGUGACGUACUGAAGGAUUCACACUGUAAACUGGAGAGAUUGAGUUUAAGUUCCUGUGAUAUGACAGAUGAAGGUUGUUCUGCUCUGACUUCAGCUCUGAAAUCAAACCCGUCACACCUGAGAGAGCUGAACCUGAGCGGGAAUAAUCUAGGAGACUCUGGAGUGAAAAACCUCAGUGAUCUACUGAUGAACCCACAAUUCAAGCUGGAGAAACUAGAUCUGAAUAGAUGCAGUAUUACAGAGAAACAGUGUGUCAUCCUGACUUCAGCUCUGAAAUCAAACCCGUCACACCUGAGAGAGCUGAACCUGAGCUGGAAUAAUCUAGGAGACUCUGAAGUGAAAAACCUCAGUGAUCUACUGAUGAACCCACAAUUCAAGCUGGAGAAACUAGAUCUGAGUGAAUGCAGGAUUACAGAGGAACAGUGUGUCAUCCUGACUUCAGCUCUGAAAUCAAACCCGUCACACCUGAGAGAGCUGAACCUGAGCUGGAAUAAUCUAGGAAACACAGGAGUGAAGCACCUAUGUGACGUACUGAAGGAUUCACACUGUAAACUGGAGAGAUUGAGGUUAAGCUGCUGUUAUAUGACAGAUGAAGGUUGUUCUGCUCUGACUUCAGCUCUGAAAUCAAACCCGUCACACCUGAGAGAGCUGAACCUGAGCUGGAAUAAUCUAGGAGACUCUGGAGUGAAAAACCUCAGUGAUCUACUGAUGAACCCACAAUUCAAGCUGGAGAAACUAGAUCUAUAUGAAUGCAGUAUUACAGAGAAACAGUGUGUCAUCCUGACUUCAGCUCUGAAAUCAAACCCGUCACACCUGAGAGAGCUGAACCUGAGCGGGAAUAAUCUAGGAGACUUUGAAGUGAAAAACCUCAGUGAUCUACUGAUGAACCCACAAUUCAAGCUGGAGAAACUAGAUCUGAAUAGAUGCAGGAUUACAGAGAAACAGUGUGUCAUCCUGACUUCAGCUCUGAAAUCAAACCCGUCACACCUGAGAGAGCUGAACCUGAGCGGGAAUAAACUAGGAAACACAGGAGUGAAGCACCUAUGUGACGUACUGAAGGAUUCACACUGUAAACUGGAGAGAUUGAGUCUGAAUAGAUGCAGUAUUACAGAGAAACAGUGUGUCAUCCUGACUUCAGCUCUGAAAUCAAACCCGUCACACCUGAGAGAGCUGAACCUGAGCGGGAAUAAUCUAGGAAACACAGGAGUGAAGCACUUAUGUGACGUACUGAAGGAUUCACACUGUAAACUGGAGAGAUUGAGACUCUCUAACUGCAGUGUAACAGAAGAAGGUUAUAAAGCUCUGGCUUCAGCUCUGAGAUCAAACCCUUCACACCUGAUAGAGCUGGAUCUCACAGGAAAUGAUCCUGGACAAUCAGGAGUGAAGGAGCUCGAUGAUUUACUACAGGAUCCAAACUGUCAACUGAAGACACUGAGGUUUUUGAGUCCUGCUGCAGAUGAAGCCUGUCAGUAUGUGAGUGGAAUUGUGGGUAAAAACCCGUUACUCCUGAGAGAGCUGAAUCUGAGUGAACAUGAACUAGGAGACACACGAGUGAAUCAGAUCGCUGCUCUACUGCAGGAUAAACACUGUCGACUCAACACACUGACUCUGAGUUACUGCAGUAUUACAGAGAAACAGUGUGUCAUCCUGACUUCAGCUCUGAAAUCAAACCCGUCACACCUGAGAGAGCUGAACCUGAGCUGGAAUAAUCUUGGAAACACAGGAGUGAAGCACCUAUGUGACGUACUGAAGGAUUCACACUGUAAACUGGAGAGAUUGAGACUCUCUAACUGCAGUGUAACAGAAGAAGGUUAUAAAGCUCUGGCUUCAGCUCUGAGAUCAAACCCUUCACACCUGAUAGAGCUGGAUCUCACAGGAAAUGAUCCUGGACAAUCAGGAGUGAAGGAGCUCGAUGAUUUACUACAGGAUCCAAACUGUCAACUGAAGACACUGAGGUUUUUGAGUCCUGCUGCAGAUGAAGCCUGUCAGUAUGUGAGUGGAACUGUGGGUAAAAACCCGUUACUCCUGAGAGAGCUGAAUCUGAGUGAACAUGAACUAGGAGACACACGAGUGAAUCAGAUCGCUGCUCUACUGCAGGAUAAACACUGUCGACUCAACACACUGACUCUGAAUAGAUGCAGUAUUACAGAGAAACAGUGUGUAAUCCUGACUUCAGCUCUGAAAUCAAACCCGUCACACCUGAGAGAGCUGAACCUGAGCGGGAAUGAACUAGGAAACACAGGAGUGAAAAACCUCAGUGAUCUACUGAUGAACCCACAAUUCAAGCUGGAGAAACUAGAUCUGAGUUACUGCAGUAUUACAGAGGAACAGUGUGUCAUCCUGACUUCAGCUCUGAAAUCAAACCCGUCACACCUGAGAGAGCUGAACCUGAGCUGGAAUAAUCUAGGAAACACAGGAGUGAAGCACCUAUGUGACGUACUGAAGGAUUCACACUGUAAACUGGAGAGAUUGAGUUUAAGUUCCUGUUAUAUGACAGAUGAAGGUUGUUCUGCUCUGACUUCAGCUCUGAAAUCAAACCCGUCACACCUGAGAGAGCUGAACCUGAGCGGGAAUAAUCUAGGAGACUCUGGAGUGAAAAACCUCAGUGAUCUACUGAUGAACCCACAAUUCAAGCUGGAGAAACUAGAUCUGAAUAGAUGCAGUAUUACAGAGAAACAGUGUGUCAUCCUGACUUCAGCUCUGAAAUCAAACCCGUCACACCUGAGAGAGCUGAACCUGAGCGAGAAUAAUCUAGGAGACUCUGAAGUGAAAAACCUCAGUGAUCUACUGAUGAACCCACAAUUCAAGCUGGAGAAACUAGAUCUGAGUUACUGCAGGAUUACAGAGGAACAGUGUGUCAUCCUGACUUCAGCUCUGAAAUCAAACCCGUCACACCUGAGAGAGCUGAACCUGAGCUGGAAUAAUCUAGGAAACACAGGAGUGAAGCACCUAUGUGACGUACUGAAGGAUUCACACUGUAAACUGGAGAGAUUGAGUCUGAGUUACUGCAGUAUUACAGAGGAACAGUUUGUCAUCCUGACUUCAGCUCUGAAAUCAAACCCGUCACACCUGAGAGAGCUGAACCUGAGCUGGAAUAAUCUAGGAAACACAGGAGUGAAGCACUUAUGUGACGUACUGAAGGAUUCACACUGUAAACUGGAGAUAUUGAGACUCUCUAACUGCAGUGUGACAGAAGAAGGUUAUAAAGCUCUGGCUUCAGCUCUGAGAUCAAACCCUUCACACCUGAUAGAGCUGGAUCUCACAGAAAAUGAUCCUGGACAAUCAGGAGUGAAGGAGCUCGAUGAUUUACUACAGGAUCCAAACUGUCAACUGAAGACACUGAGUCUGAGUUACUGCAGUAUUACAGAGGAACAGUUUGUCAUCCUGACUUCAGCUCUGAAAUCAAACCCGUCACACCUGAGAGAGCUGAACCUGAGCUGGAAUAAUCUAGGAAACACAGGAGUGAAGCACUUAUGUGACGUACUGAAGGAUUCACACUGUAAACUGGAGAGAUUGAGACUCUCUAACUGCAGUGUAACAGAAGAAGGUUAUAAAGCUCUGGCUUCAGCUCUGAGAUCAAACCCUUCACACCUGAUAGAGCUGGAUCUCACAGGAAAUGAUCCUGGACAAUCAGGAGUGAAGGAGCUCGAUGAUUUACUACAGGAUCCAAACUGUCAACUGAAGACACUGAGGUUUUUGAGUCCUGCUGCAGAUAAAGCCUGUCAGUAUGUGAAGAGAAUUGUGGGUAAAAACCCGUUACUCCUGAGAGAGCUGAAUCUGAGUGAACAUGAACUAGGAGACACACGAGUGAAUCAGAUCGCUGCUCUACUGCAGGAUAAACACUGUCGACUCAACACACUGACUCUGAAUGGAUGCAGUAUUACAGAGAAACAGUGUGUCAUCCUGACUUCAGCUCUGAAAUCAAACCCGUCACACCUGAGAGAGCUGAACCUGAGCUGGAAUAAUCUAGGAGACUCUGGAGUGAAAAACCUCAGUGAUCUACUGAUGAACCCACAAUUCAAGCUGAAGAAACUAGAUCUGAGUUACUGCAGUAUUCCAGAGAAACAGUGUGUCAUCCUGACUUCAGCUCUGAAAUCAAACCCGUCACACCUGAGAGAGCUGGACCUGAGCUGGAAUAAACUAGGAAACACAGGAGUGAAGCACCUAUGUGACGUACUGAAGGAUUCACACUGUAAACUGGAGAGAUUGAGUUUAAGCUUCUGUGAUAUGACAGAUGAAGGUUGUUCUGCUCUGACUUCAGCUCUGAAAUCAAACCCGUCACACCUGAGAGAGCUGAACCUGAGCGGGAAUAAUCUAGGAGACUCUGGAGUGAAAAACCUCAGUGAUCUACUGAUGAACCCACAAUUCAAGCUGGAGAAACUAGAUCUGAAUAGAUGCAGUAUUACAGAGAAACAGUGUGUCAUCCUGACUUCAGCUCUGAAAUCAAACCUGUCACACCUGAGAGAGCUGAACCUGAGCGGGAAUAAACUAGGAAACACAGGAGUGAAGCACCUAUGUGAUGUACUGAAGGAUUCACACUGUAAACUGGAGAGAUUGAGACUCUCUAACUGCAGUGUAACAGAAGAAGGUUAUAAAGCUCUGGCUUCAGCUCUGAGAUCAAACCCUUCACACCUGAUAGAGCUGGAUCUCACAGGAAAUGAUCCUGGACAAUCAGGAGUGAAGGAGCUCGAUGAUUUACUACAGGAUCCAAACUGUCAACUGAAGACACUGAGGUUUUUGAGUCCUGCUGCAGAUGAAGCCUGUCAGUAUGUGAGUGGAAUUGUGGGUAAAAACCUGUUACUCCUGAGAGAGCUGAAUCUGAGUGAACAUGAACUAGGAGACACACGAGUGAAUCAGAUCGCUGCUCUACUGCAGGAUAAACACUGUCGACUCAACACACUGACUCUGAAUAGAUGCAGAAUUACAGAGGAACAGUGUGUCAUCCUGACUUCAGCUCUGAAAUCAAACCCGUCACACCUGAGAGAGCUGAACCUGAGCGGGAAUAAUCUAGGAAACACGGGAGUGAAGCACUUAUGUGACGUACUGAAGGAUUCACACUGUAAACUGGAGAGAUUGAGACUCUCUAACUGCAGUGUAACAGAAGAAGGUUAUAAAGCUCUGGCUUCAGCGCUGAGAUUAAACCCUUCACACCUGAUAGAGCUGGAUCUCACAGGAAAUGAUCCUGGACAAUCAGGAGUGAAGGAGCUCGAUGAUUUACUACAGGAUCCAAACUGUCAACUGAAGACACUGAGGUUUUUGAGUCCUGCUGCAGAUGAAGCCUGUCAGUAUGUGAGUGGAAUUGUGGGUAAAAACCCGUUACUCCUGAGAGAGCUGAAUCUGAGUGAACAUGAACUAGGAGACACACGAGUGAAUCAGAUCGCUGCUCUACUGCAGGAUAAACACUGUCGACUCAACACACUGACUCUGAGUUACUGCAGUAUUACAGAGGAACAGUGUGUCAUCCUGACUUCAGCUCUGAAAUCAAACCCGUCACACCUGAGAGAGCUGAACCUGAGCGGGAAUAAUCUAGGAAACACGGGAGUGAAGCACUUAUGUGACGUACUGAAGGAUUCACACUGUAAACUGGAGAGAUUGAGACUCUCUAACUGCAGUGUAACAGAAGAAGGUUAUAAAGCUCUGGCUUCAGCUCUGAGAUCAAACCCUUCACACCUGAUAGAGCUGGAUCUCACAGGAAAUGAUCCUGGACAAUCAGGAGUGAAGGAGCUCGAUGAUUUACUACAGGAUCCAAACUGUCAGCUGAAGACACUGAGGUUUUUGAGUCCUGCUGCAGAUGAAGCCUGUCAGUAUGUGAGUGGAAUUGUGGGUAAAAACCCGUUACUCCUGAGAGAGCUGAAUCUGAGUGAACAUGAACUAGGAGACACACGAGUGAAUCAGAUCGCUGCUCUACUGCAGGAUAAACACUGUCGACUCAACACACUGACUCUGAAUAGAUGCAGAAUUACAGAGAAACAGUGUGUCAUCCUGACUUCAGCUCUGAAAUCAAACCCGUCACACCUGAGAGAGCUGAACCUGAGCGGGAAUAAACUAGGAAACACAGGAGUGAAGCACCUAUGUGACGUAUUGAAGGAUUCACACUGUAAACUGGAGAGAUUGAGACUCUCUAACUGCAGUGUAACAGAAGAAGGUUAUAAAGCUCUGGCUUCAGCUCUGAGAUCAAACCCUUCACACCUGAUAGAGCUGGAUCUCACAGGAAAUGAUCCUGGACAAUCAGGAGUGAAGGAGCUCGAUGAUUUACUACAGGAUCCAAACUGUCAACUGAAGACACUGAGGUUUUUGAGUCCUGCUGCAGAUGAAGCCUGUCAGUAUGUGAGUGGAAUUGUGGGUAAAAACCCGUUACUCCUGAGAGAGCUGAAUCUGAGUGAACAUGAACUAGGAGACACACGAGUGAAUCAGAUCGCUGCUCUACUGCAGGAUAAACACUGUCGACUCAACACACUGACUCUAUAUGAAUGCAGGAUUACAGAGAAACAGUGUGUCAUCCUGACUUCAGCUCUGAAAUCAAACCCGUCACACCUGAGAGAGCUGAACCUGAGCGGGAAUAAUCUAGGAGACUCUGGAGUGAAAAACCUCAGUGAUCUACUGAUGAACCCACAAUUCAAGCUGGAGAAACUAGAGUUAAGUUCCUGUUAUAUGACAGAUGAAGGUUGUUCUGCUCUGACUUCAGCUCUGGAAUCAAACCCGUCACACCUGAGAGAGCUGAACCUGAGCUGGAAUAAUCUAGGAGACUCUGGAGUGAAAAACCUCAGUGAUCUACUGAUGAACCCACAAUUCAAGCUGGAGAAACUAGAGUUAUCAUCACCACCACUACCACCAAUGUUAUUGAAUCUGUAUAGAUGCAGUAUUACAGAGAAACAGUGUGUCAUCCUGACUUCAGCUCUGAAAUCAAACCCGUCACACCUGAGAGAGCUGAACCUGAACUGGAAUAAUCUAGGAGACUCUGGAGUGAAAAACCUCAGUGAUCUACUGAUGAACCCACAAUUCAAGCUGGAGAAACUAGAGUUAAGCCGCUGUUAUAUGACAGAUGAAGGUUGUUCUGCUCUGACUUCAGCUCUGAAAUCAAACCCGUCACACCUGAGAGAGCUGAACCUGAGCGAGAAUAAUCUAGGAGACUCUGGGGUGAAAAACCUCAGUGAUCUACUGAUGAACCCACAAUUCAAGCUGGAGAAACUAGAUCUGAAUAGAUGCAGUAUUACAGAGAAACAGUGUGUCAUCCUGACUUCAGCUCUGAAAUCAAACCCGUCACACCUGAUAGAGCUGAACCUGAGUGUGAAUAAUCUAGGAAACACAGGAGUGAAGCACCUAUGUGACGUACUGAAGGAUUCACACUGUAAACUGGAGAGAUUGAGACUCUCUAACUGCAGUGUAACAGAAGAAGGUUAUAAAGCUCUGGCUUCAGCUCUGAGAUCAAACCCUUCACACCUGAUAGAGCUGGAUCUCACAGGAAAUGAUCCUGGACAAUCAGGAGUGAAGGAGCUUGAUGAUUUACUACAGGAUCCAAACUGUCAACUGAAGACACUGAGGUUUUUGAGUCCUGCUGCAGAUGAAGCCUGUCAGUAUGUGAGUGGAAUUGUGGGUAAAAACCCGUUACUCCUGAGAGAGCUGAAUCUGAGUGAACAUGAACUGGGAGACACACGAGUGAAUCAGAUCGUUGCUCUACUGCAGGAUAAACACUGUCGACUCAACACACUGACUUUGAAUAGAUGCAGAAUUACAGAGGAACAGUGUGUCAUCCUGACUUCAGCUCUGAAAUCAAACCCGUCACACCUGAGAGAGCUGAACCUGAGCGGGAAUAAUCUAGGAAACACAGGAGUGAAGCACCUAUGUGACGUACUGAAGGAUUCACACUGUAAACUGGAGAGAUUGAGACUCUCUAACUGCAGUGUAACAGAAGAAGGUUAUAAAGCUCUGGCUUCAGCUCUGAGAUCAAACCCUUCACACCUGAUAGAGCUGGAUCUCACAGGAAAUGAUCCUGGACAAUCAGGAGUGAAGGAGCUCGAUGAUUUACUACAGGAUCCAAACUGUCAACUGAAGACACUGAGGUUUUUGAGUCCUGCUGCAGAUGAAGCCUGUCAGUAUGUGAGUGGAAUUGUGGGUAAAAACCCGUUACUCCUGAGAGAGCUGAAUCUGAGUGAACAUGAACUAGGAGACACACGAGUGAAUCAGAUCGCUGCUCUACUGCAGGAUAAACACUGUCGACUCAACACACUGACUCUGAAUAGAUGCAGUAUUACAGAGGAACAGUGUGUCAUCCUGACUUCAGCUCUGAAAUCAAACCCGUCACACCUGAGAGAGCUGAACCUGAGCGGGAAUGAACUAGGAAACACAGGAGUGAAAAACCUCAGUGAUCUACUGAUGAACCCACAAUUCAAGCUGGAGAAACUAGAUCUGAGUGGAUGCAGUAUUACAGAGAAACAGUGUGUCAUCCUGACUUCAGCUCUGAAAUCAAACCCGUCACACCUGAGAGAGCUGAACCUGAGCGGGAAUAAUCUAGGAAACACAGGAGUGAAGCACCUAUGUGACGUACUGAAGGAUUCACACUGUAAACUGGAGAGAUUGAGUUUAAGUUCCUGUGAUAUGACAGAUGAAGGUUGUUCUGCUCUGACUUCAGCUCUGAAAUCAAACCCGUCACACCUGAGAGAGCUGAACCUGAGCGGGAAUAAUCUAGGAGACUCUGGAGUGAAAAACCUCAGUGAUCUACUGAUGAACCCACAAUUCAAGCUGGAGAAACUAGAUCUGAAUAGAUGCAGUAUUACAGAGAAACAGUGUGUCAUCCUGACUUCAGCUCUGAAAUCAAACCCGUCACACCUGAGAGAGCUGAACCUGAGCGGGAAUAAUCUAGGAGACUCUGAAGUGAAAAACCUCAGUGAUCUACUGAUGAACCCACAAUUCAAGCUGGAGAAACUAGAUCUGAGUUACUGCAGGAUUACAGAGGAACAGUGUGUCAUCCUGACUUCAGCUCUGAAAUCAAACCCGUCACACCUGAGAGAGCUGAACCUGAGCUGGAAUAAUCUAGGAAACACAGGAGUGAAGCACCUAUGUGACAUACUGAAGGAUUCACACUGUAAACUGGAGAGAUUGAGGUUAAGCUGCUGUUAUAUGACAGAUGAAGGUUGUUCUGCUCUGACUUCAGCUCUGAAAUCAAACCCGUCACACCUGAGAGAGCUGAACCUGAGCUGGAAUAAUCUAGGAGACUCUGGAGUGAAAAACCUCAGUGAUCUACUGAUGAACCCACAAUUCAAGCUGGAGAAACUAGAUCUAUAUGAAUGCAGUAUUACAGAGAAACAGUGUGUCAUCCUGACUUCAGCUCUGAAAUCAAACCCGUCACACCUGAGAGAGCUGAACCUGAGCGGGAAUAAUCUAGGAGACUUUGAAGUGAAAAACCUCAGUGAUCUACUGAUGAACCCACAAUUCAAGCUGGAGAAACUAGAUCUGAAUAGAUGCAGGAUUACAGAGGAACAGUGUGUCAUCCUGACUUCAGCUCUGAAAUCAAACCCGUCACACCUGAGAGAGCUGAACCUGAGCGGGAAUAAACUAGGAAACACAGGAGUGAAGCACCUAUGUGACGUACUGAAGGAUUCACACUGUAAACUGGAGAGAUUGAGACUCUCUAACUGCAGUGUAACAGAAGAAGGUUAUAAAGCUCUGGCUUCAGCUCUGAGAUCAAACCCUUCACACCUGAUAGAGCUGGAUCUCACAGGAAAUGAUCCUGGACAAUCAGGAGUGAAGGAGCUCGAUGAUUUACUACAGGAUCCAAACUGUCAACUGAAGACACUGAGGUUUUUGAGUCCUGCUGCAGAUGAAGCCUGUCAGUAUGUGAGUGGAAUUGUGGGUAAAAACCCGUUACUCCUGAGAGAGCUGAAUCUGAGUGAACAUGAACUAGGAGACACACGAGUGAAUCAGAUCGCUGCUCUACUGCAGGAUAAACACUGUCGACUCAACACACUGACUCUGAAUAGAUGCAGUAUUACAGAGAAACAGUGUGUCAUCCUGACUUCAGCUCUGAAAUCAAACCCGUCACACCUGAGAGAGCUGAACCUGAGCUGGAAUAAACUAGGAAACACAGGAGUGAAGCACUUAUGUGACGUACUGAAGGAUUCACACUGUAAACUGGAGAGAUUGAGUUUAAGCCUCUGUUAUAUGACAGAUGAAGGUUGUUCUGCUCUGACUUCAGCUCUGAAAUCAAACCCGUCACACCUGAGAGAGCUGAACCUGAGUGGGAAUAAUUUAGGAGACUCUGGAGUGAAAAACCUCAGUGAUCUACUGAUGAACCCACAUUUCAAGCUGGAGAAACUAGAGUUAUCAUCACCACCACCACCAAUGUUAUUGAAGCUGUAUAGAUGCAGUAUUACAGAGGAACAGUGUGUCAUCCUGACUUCAGCUCUGAAAUCAAACCCGUCACACCUGAGAGAGCUGAACCUGAACUGGAAUAAUCUAGGAGACUCUGGAGUGAAAAACCUCAGUGAUCUACUGAUGAACCCACAAUUCAAGCUGGAGAAACUAGAUCUGAGUUACUGCAGGAUUACAGAGAAACAGUGUGUCAUCCUGACUUCAGCUCUGAAAUCAAACCCGUCACACCUGAGAGAGCUGAACCUGAGCAGGAAUAAUCUAGGAAACACAGGAGUGAAGCACCUAUGUGACGUACUGAAGGAUUCACACUGUAAACUGGAGAGAUUGAGACUCUCUAACUGCAGUGUAACAGAAGAAGGUUAUAAAGCUCUAGCUUCAGCUCUGAGAUCAAACCCUUCACACCUGAUAGAGCUGGAUCUCACAGGAAAUGAUCCUGGACAAUCAGGAGUGAAGGAGCUCGAUGAUUUACUACAGGAUCCAAACCGUCAACUGAAGACACUGAGGUUUUUGAGUCCUGCUGCAGAUGAAGCCUGUCAGUAUGUGAGUGGAAUUGUGGGUAAAAACCCGUUACUCCUGAGAGAGCUGAAUCUGAGUGAACAUGAACUAGGAGACACACGAGUGAAUCAGAUCGCUGCUCUACUGCAGGAUAAACACUGUCGACUCAACACACUGACUCUGAAUAGAUGCAGUAUUACAGAGGAACAGUGUGUCAUCCUGACUUCAGCUCUGAAAUCAAACCCGUCACACCUGAGAGAGCUGAACCUGAGCUGGAAUAAUCUAGGAGACUCUGGAGUGAAAAACCUCAGUGAUCUACUGAUGAACCCACAAUUCAAGCUGGAGAAACUAGAUCUGAAUAGAUGCAGUAUUACAGAGAAACAGUGUGUCAUCCUGACUUCAGCUCUGAAAUCAAACCCGUCACACCUGAGAGAGCUGAACCUGAGCUGGAAUAAUCUAGGAAACACAGGAGUGAAGCACUUAUGUGACGUACUGAAGGAUUCACACUGUAAACUGGAGAGAUUGAGACUCUCUAACUGCAGUGUGACAGAAGAAGGUUAUAAAGCUCUGGCUUCAGCUCUGAGAUCAAACCCUUCACACCUGAUAGAGCUGGAUCUCACAGGAAAUGAUCCUGGACAAUCAGGAGUGAAGGAGCUCGAUGAUUUACUACAGGAUCCAAACUGUCAACUGAAGACACUGAGGUUUUUGAGUCCUGCUGCAGAUGAAGCCUGUCAGUAUGUGAGUGGAAUUGUGGGUAAAAACCCGUUACUCCUGAGAGAGCUGAAUCUGAGUGAACAUGAACUAGGAGACACACGAGUGAAUCAGAUCGCUGCUCUACUGCAGGAUAAACACUGUCGACUCAACACACUGACUCUGAAUAGAUGCAGUAUUACAGAGAAACAGUGUGUCAUCCUGACUUCAGCUCUGAAAUCAAACCCGUCACACCUGAGAGAGCUGAACCUGAGCUGGAAUAAUCUUGGAAACACAGGAGUGAAGCACCUAUGUGACGUACUGAAGGAUUCACACUGUAAACUGGAGAGAUUGAGUCUGAAUAGAUGCAGUAUUACAGAGGAACAGUGUGUCAUCCUGACUUCAGCUCUGAAAUCAAACCCGUCACACCUGAGAGAGCUGAACCUGAGCUGGAAUAAUCUAGGAGACUCUGGAGUGAAAAACCUCAGUGAUCUACUGAUGAACCCACAAUUCAAGCUGGAGAAACAAGAUCUGAAUAGAUGCAGUAUUACAGAGAAACAGUGUGUCAUCCUGACUUCAGCUCUGAAAUCAAACCCGUCACACCUGAGAGAGCUGAACCUGAGCUGGAAUAAUCUAGGAAACACAGGAGUGAAGCACUUAUGUGACGUACUGAAGGAUUCACACUGUAAACUGGAGAGAUUGAGACUCUCUAACUGCAGUGUAACAGAAGAAGGUUAUAAAGCUCUGGCUUCAGCUCUGAGAUCAAACCCUUCACACCUGAUAGAGCUGGAUCUCACAGGAAAUGAUCCUGGACAAUCAGGAGUGAAGGAGCUCGAUGAUUUACUACAGGAUCCAAACUGUCAACUGAAGACACUGAGGUUUUUGAGUCCUGCUGCAGAUGAAGCCUGUCAGUAUGUGAGUGGAAUUGUGGGUAAAAACCCGUUACUCCUGAGAGAGCUGAAUCUGAGUGAACAUGAACUAGGAGACACACGAGUGAAUCAGAUCGCUGCUCUACUGCAGGAUAAACACUGUCGACUCAACAGACUGACUCUGAAUAGAUGCAGUAUUACAGAGGAACAGUGUGUAAUCCUGACUCUGAAAUCAAACCCGUCACACCUGAGAGAGCUGAACCUGAGCGGGAAUGAACUAGGAAACACAGGAGUGAAAAACCUCAGUGAUCUACUGAUGAACCCACAAUUCAAGCUGGAGAAACUAGAUCUGAAUAGAUGCAGUAUUACAGAGAAACAGUGUGUCAUCCUGACUUCAGCUCUGAAAUCAAACCCGUCACACCUGAGAGAGCUGAACCUGAGCUGGAAUAAUCUAGGAAACACAGGAGUGAAGCACCUAUGUGACGUACUGAAGGAUUCACACUGUAAACUGGAGAGAUUGAGUUUAAGUUCCUGUGAUAUGACAGAUGAAGGUUGUUCUGCUCUGACUUCAGCUCUGAAAUCAAACCCGUCACACCUGAGAGAGCUGAACCUGAGCUGGAAUAAUCUAGGAGACUCUGGAGUGAAAAACCUCAGUGAUCUACUGAUGAACCCACAAUUCAAGCUGGAGAAACUAGAUCUGAAUAGAUGCAGUAUUACAGAGAAACAGUGUGUCAUCCUGACUUCAGCUCUGAAAUCAAACCCGUCACACCUGAGAGAGCUGAACCUGAGCGGGAAUAAUCUAGGAGACUCUGAAGUGAAAAACCUCAGUGAUCUACUGAUGAACCCACAAUUCAAGCUGGAGAAACUAGAUCUGAGUUACUGCAGGAUUACAGAGAAACAGUGUGUCAUCCUGACUUCAGCUCUGAAAUCAAACCCGUCACACCUGAGAGAGCUGGACCUGAGCUGGAAUAAUCUAGGAAACACAGGAGUGAAGCACCUAUGUGACGUACUGAAGGAUUCACACUGUAAACUGGAGAGAUUGAGGUUAAGCUGCUGUUAUAUGACAGAUGAAGGUUGUUCUGCUCUGACUUCAGCUCUGAAAUCAAACCCGUCACACCUGAGAGAGCUGAACCUGAGCUGGAAUAAUCUAGGAGACUCUGGAGUGAAAAACCUCAGUGAUCUACUGAUGAACCCACAAUUCAAGCUGGAGAAACUAGAUCUAUAUGAAUGCAGUAUUACAGAGAAACAGUGUGUCAUCCUGACUUCAGCUCUGAAAUCAAACCCGUCACACCUGAGAGAGCUGAACCUGAGUGGGAAUAAUCUAGGAGACUCUGGAGUGAAAAACCUCAGUGAUCUACUGAUGAACCCACAAUUCAAGCUGGAGAAACUAGAUCUGAAUAGAUGCAGGAUUACAGAGGAACAGUGUGUCAUCCUGACUUCAGCUCUGAAAUCAAACCCGUCACACCUGAGAGAGCUGAACCUGAGCGGGAAUAAACUAGGAAACACAGGAGUGAAGCACCUAUGUGACGUACUGAAGGAUUCACACUGUAAACUGGAGAGAUUGAGUCUACAGGACUGUGGCAUUACAGAUGUUUCUUCUUUAACUCAGUCUUUGACUAACUCAAAAGCACUGCCGUUUUUAAAAGAUCUUGAUCUGAGUUUCAAUAAGAUAGGAGACUCAAAGCAGCGGCUCCGUGACGUGCUACGAGACUCAAACUGUGUCCUGAGAUGAAGAUCUGUGAAAUCAUCAUGAGAGGAUCAGGAAUCAUCAGGUGGAACAGGAGGAAGAAGCUCAGAUGAGUCUGUCAGCAGAAAUCUUCAGGCUCUUCAGUGUCAGGCCUACAAAUAUAAUAAUGAACUCAUCCAUAAUGAUUAUAAUAUUUAUAAUAUGAUAUUUCAGACCAACUAAACAUUUUUAGCAGUUAACAUCAUUUGUGUGUCUUUCACUCGCUCUGAUAGUUUAAUGUAUUUGUUUAUCAAUUAUAAUCUCUUUCACCACAUUUACAUUCUCAUGUAAAUAAAAUGACACUAAUAAAGUUAAGAAUAAUUGUU